AUCCAAGAUGGCUGCGCCCAGCGAUACCCGCAGCUGCUGAUGACCUCUUUUUCCACCUUGUCAGCUGAUGGCUGUGGCCGCAGGCUGAACCCGAGAACAUGUUGGGCCGGACCCUCCGAGAAGUUUCUGUGGCACUGAAACAAGGCCAAAUAACACCAACAGAGCUCUGUCGGAAAUGUCUCUCCCUUAUCCAAAAGACUAAAUUUCUGAAUGCUUACAUUACUGUGUCAGAAGAGGUGGCCUUAAAACAAGCUGAAGAAUCAGAAAAGAGAUACAAGCAAGGUCAGUCACUUGGGAUUUUAGAUGGAAUUCCUGUUGCAGUAAAAGACAACUUCAGCACAUCUGGCAUUCAGACAACAUGUGCAUCAAAUAUGCUAAAAGGUUAUAUACCGCCUUUUAAUGCUACAGUAGUUCAGAAGUUAUUGGAUCAGGGAGCUCUACUAAUGGGAAAAACAAAUUUGGAUGAGUUUGCUAUGGGAUCUGGAAGCACAGAUGGUGCCUUUGGUCCAGUGAAGAACCCCUGGAGUUACUCGAAACAAUACCAAGAACAGCGGCGGCCUCAGUCCAACCGAAAGCGCGAAGGCACUGACUGGCUGAUCGCAGGAGGAAGCUCCGGCGGGAGCGCAGCGGCCGUCUCAGCGUUCACGUGCUUUGCGGCUUUAGGAUCAGACACUGGAGGAUCUACUCGAAAUCCUGCUGCUCACUGUGGGCUUGUUGGGUUUAAACCCAGCUAUGGCUUAGUUUCUCGUCAUGGUCUCAUUCCCCUGGUGAACUCGAUGGAUGUACCAGGAAUCUUAACCAGAUGUGUGGAUGACACAGCAAUUGUAUUGGGUGUACUGGCUGGACAUGACCCCAAAGAUUCUACCACCGUGCAAGAUCCUGUUAAACCAUUCACGGUUCCUAGUUUGUCAGAUGUAAGCAAGCUAUGCAUAGGAAUCCCGAAGGAAUAUCUUGUACCUGAAUUAUCCAGUGAAGUACGAUCUCUGUGGUCCAAAGCUGCUGACCUCUUUGAGUCUGCAGGAGCCAAAGUGAUUGAAGUGUCCCUACCUCACACCUCCUACUCAAUUGUCUGCUACCAUGUGUUGUGCACAGCAGAAGUGGCAUCAAAUAUGGCAAGAUUUGAUGGCCUAGAAUAUGGUCAUAGAUGUGACGUUAAUAUGUCUACGGAAGCCAUGUAUGCUGCUACCAGGCGGGAAGGGUUCAAUGAUGUGGUCAGAGGAAGAAUUCUUUCAGGAAACUUUUUCUUACUAAAAGAAAACUAUGAAAAUUAUUUCAUCAAAGCCCAGAAAGUGAGGCGCCUCAUUGCAAAUGACUUUGUGAAUGUUUUUAACUCUGGAGUGGACAUCUUGUUGACCCCCACUACCUUGAGUGAAGCGGUACCAUUCUUGGAGUUUAUCAAAGAAGAUAACAGAACACGAAGUGCCCAAGAUGAUAUUUUUACCCAGGCAGUCAAUAUGGCAGGGUUGCCAGCUGUGAGCAUGCCGGCAGCCCUCUCAACCCAGGGGCUGCCAAUAGGGCUACAGUUCAUCGGACAUGCAUUUUGCGACCAGAAACUUCUCACAGUUGCCAAAUGGUUUGAAAAACAAGUGCAGUUUCCUGUUCUUCAGCUUCAGGGACUCAUGGAUGAUUGUUCAUCAGUCUUUGAAAAUGAAACGUUACCUUCUGUUUCUGUAAAACAGUAGUGAUAGGUGUAUCAUGAAAAUUAAAAUGAUUUUUAAAGCUUC